AUGACACCAUCCUUUUGUACUUGUAUAUCAUCAAACUCACUCAAAAACUCGUUUUUAGUGCGCAGAGUACAACCCCAUCGAAGCUCCAAGGUACAACCCAACCCAAUCUCUCCUACCUCCUACUCCCAGCCGUUUUCUCCUUCUCCUUCUCCUUCUCCUUACUCAAGCUCGCAAGCUCCUCGACUAACUUCCUCUCUUCUCCACUCAACCUCUUUGGAAUCUCCACCUGCACUUUCACCAGCUGAUCCCCUCUCAUAUUCCGUUUAUUCAAAAACGGGACCCCCUUUUUCGCCAUCACAAGCGUCGUCCCCGGCUGCGUGCCAGCCGGGAUUUUCAGGUCAACCUCGGGACUUUGACCGUAGUCCCGAGAAUCGCGUCAGUGUACGAAACUCUACACGUGUAAAGAAUAUUCGUAUCUUCCCUUUUCAAAACCGGGUCUUUCCGAACUUCAAUCACCACAAACAAAUCGCCCGGCGGGCCUCCCCGGAGGCCCGCGUUCCCUUCCGACCGGACUCGGAGGCGGCUGCCGGAGUCGACUCCGGCGGGCACUUUGAGGCUAAUGCGUUUGGUUUUGCGGAGGCGGCCGUUGCCGGAGCAGGCGGGGCAAGGGGUGGAGGUCUCGCCGGAGCCGGAGCAAGUGGGACAGGUGGCAACUUGCUGGAAGACGCCGAGUGGGGUUCGGGCGGAGGACACGACUUGGCCCUGGCCGCCGCAGGCAGAGCAGCGGGAGGGUUUGGUGCCGGGUUUGGCGCCGGAGCCGGCGCAGGUGGGGCAGGAAUCGAGUCGGGAGAUUUCGAUUUCUUUCUCGAUGCCGAAAACAGCGUCUUUGAAAUCGAGGACGAGGGUGUAGACUUGGUCUUCGCCUUCGACGGCUCGGGUGCGGCGGCCGCGGCCGCCGCCACCGCCCAUGCCCAUGCCCAUGCCGCCGCCCAUGCCUUCGAAGAGGGACUCGAAGAGGUCGAACGG